CUUAUCGCUCCCCUCCUCUCCCGUCCACAACUCGGCUGGGCAAACGAAAUAGUCUCUCCAAAGAGUUUCUCUCCAAUGGGACGUGUUGAAAUGCGCGUUGAUGGGCUCUUACGAAUUUGCAACCAGGCUGUGAAUCCCCUUAACGGGUUCUUGAAGUGUUUGUUGUGCGCCAUUCCAAUGAACGCAGUGCCAGGAGCAGCGCUGCGUAAAGCCCAACAGCUCGCGUGGAAACCAGUCGGUUCUCGACGGCGUUUGUGAGCGCGGAGCGGAAAAGGAUUGUAUAUGAAAGAGUCCCGGAGCGUUAUUCGAAAGGAAAUAAUGCUCCUUUAGUGAGGGGGGAAAAAAAGUUUAUAGAAAAGUUUAAAGAAGGAAAACGUGGUUCUCUCCGCGUGAACGCGCGACUGCCCACGUUUCGCUUUUAUUGUUCCAUCUGGAGCGAAAUUAGAAUAAAUCAGAUAAAGUGGAAUCAGUGAAAGGCGCGGGGAAAACCCUUCUGCAGCUACUCUCUCUUCUGCAUAUAACUUGUUGAAUGAGCUUGUCGUCUCAGGAGCGCAUUUUAAUGAUGCUGCCUGUGGCAAAAACCACAGGAGAGCGAGCUCAGGGCGUCUGACAGCCGCUGACUUAUGAGGAGUGUCACCCUGCUCUGCACAUCACAUCUGACCGCUUGUUGACCCUUUCAUCAACGCUCAACACUUGUAAAGAAGCUCACUUGUUGACAACCCUCAUCAGCCAGGCAGAAGUGGCAAAAAUUGGAGAACAAAAAGAAGUGAAUAGGGCUAAUGGUUGCCUGAAGCUGCUCACUCAAAAGUAGGUAGCAACAUGCUGCCACAGCUCCCCAAUGAUCAAUUGCCCCUCGCAAAGCUGCAGUUAGUGUAGAAAAUUCCCAGCAAUAUUGUCAUAUUCGUGACCAAGAAGCAGCUGUAAAGAAAAAACAAGACGUUCCACAGCAGCCACAAAGAACCAGCAAUGUUUUGGCUCGUAUUGUUCUCUCUACAAGCGGUGUGCACCAGCGUGGCACAUGCCAUGCAGCAUUACCCAGCGGCCUGGGGACACUAUGACGUGUGCAAGUCUCAGAUCUACACAGAGGAGGGCCUGGCAUGGGACUACAUGGCCUGUCAGCCAGAAGCCACCGACAUGACAAAGUACCUGCGAGUGGCCCUCGACCCCCCAAAUAUCACGUGUGGAGAUCCACCAGAAACAUACUGCGCUUUGGAGAAUCCUUACAUGUGCAACAAUGAAUGUGAUGCCACCACGGAGGAGCUGGCUCAUCCUCCAGAGCUGAUGUUUGACUUUGAGGGUCGGAACCCCACAACUUUCUGGCAGUCCACCUCCUGGAAGAAAUACCCAAAGCCCCUUCAGGUCAACAUCACUCUGUCAUGGAACAAAACCAUCGAGCUGACGGAUGACAUCGUACUGACCUUUGAGUCCGGCCGACCCGAGCAGAUGGUCUUGGAAAAGUCACUGGACUACGGACGGACCUGGACCCCGUACCAAUUCUACGCCACCGACUGCCUGGACGCCUUCACCAUGGAACCCAAGACGGUGAACGACCUCUCCCAGCGCACCCUGCUGGACAUCAUCUGCACCGAGGACUACUCCAGAGGCUACGUAUGGAAGAACGACAAGACGGUGCGUUUUGAGAUCAAGGACCGCUUCGCCUUGUUUGCCGGACCUCGGCUACACAACAUGGCCUCGCUGUACGGCCAGCUGGAUACCACCAAGAACCUGAGGGACUUCUUCACCAUCACUGAUCUGAGGAUUAAGCUGCUGAAGCCAGCCACCGGAGCCACCAUGGUGGAUGAGAAUAACCUCUCCAGAUACUUCUAUGCCAUCUCUGACAUCAAGGUGCAGGGAAGGUGCAAGUGCAACCUGCAUGCCAACAGCUGUGUGUUUGACAAGGGGAAGCUGGGCUGUGAGUGUGAACACAACACCACAGGGCCAGACUGCAGCCGCUGCAAGAGGCACUACCACGGCAGAGCCUGGAGUGUGGGCUCUUACCUUCCAAUACCCAAAGGAACAGCAAAUAUAUGUAUUCCCAGUAAUCACGGACCAGUGCAUCGAGCAAAUGCUUCAUCUCUUGGUGUUGCAAAUCGUAACCAAGCUCGCGUGUGUGACAACGCCAUGCUGCGCUGUCAGAACGGCGGCACGUGCCACCACCAUCAGCGCUGCCACUGUCCCCCUGGCUUCACGGGCGUCCUGUGCGAGAGAGCUCGCUGCCAGGGCCCCGGGGAGUGCGAGGACCAAUUGUCUGGACGGGCCGCCUUCCAUAAUCACCCCAUCGCUUAUACCCUCGUAGUGCUCCUGCUAUUGAUUGUACCCCUUUGCUGAGAGACCAGAGUGGCCUCACAUCCUUAACCAAAACCCUAAGACCACAUAUGUUGAGACUGAACUCUCAACUUGAAGGACAGAGGACGUGUGGACAAUGUGCUCGGCAUACAAUAUAAGCAACUCUUUUAUAUCCAAGGCCACAGGUGUGGGUGAAAGUGUAACUAGUGCAACAGGAUCUGUUAAACCGAAUACUAGAUGGAUUCAUGAACGUAUUGGUGAAGUCGCUGCAGUCUUAUAAUGUCACAGAGGACACGGUUGGAGCGCUGGCUUUGCGGUUAUGUCAUUGGCUGAUGCUUCAUUAAAAAGGCAGACUGGAGACUCGGGUAGAGCUACCCACCUUCUGAGAGCAAACUGUACAAAACUAGACACAUGAUUUCUAAGUAUCAUCUGAAGUAAUUAAAAAAUAAUAAUGUGGACGGGGACAUUUUAGUUCAUCUCGCCUCACUGCCUCCUUCCUUCCUUGUUCCCUUCUUCUUCUCUCCGCUCCCUCACUCUGUCCCUCACUGCUCCUCCCUGUGCUUUGGUGACUCUGGUGAUUUUUACUUUGCUGAAGGGUGUCUGUUGUUUCUGCCAAAUGCUGCACAUGUAAUGUUAACGAGCCCCUAGAUGAGUACCAAUCUUUUUCGUUUUUUUUUCCUUUUUCCGGAGGCUUUGUAGUCAUGCUUGAGCUCACCUGUAUGGGAUUAAAAAAAAAGUUGUAACAUACUGUAACUGUAUUUAAUUUUUGUAUAAAACAGAUAUUUUCAUGACUACGCAAAACAAAAGGAUGUAUUACUUGUUUUCUAUUGCUGCAGAUCUGUCCUAGACGUGGACUAUAUGAGUGCGUAAGGAGUUUGGUUGUAUUAUUUCCUUUGCUUGUGUGGCACAUGGUUCUCUUCAUUCGAGAGCUGCUGUCAAAACUAUGUUUACAUACAUACUUACACAAUACACUUCCACCAAAGGGAAAAAGAAACACAUGUCUUUGUCUUUGUUGUUAUUGUUGAACAUUAGAGAUAUGAUCAAGUAUUAACAAGACAUUUGAGAGUAGAUGUGUACAGAUGUUGUUUGUAGAUAGGCGUAAAACCAAUGACAAUAGCUGAAUGUUAUUAUAUGGAUUUUUUUUCAAAGCAAUCAUUGCCAAGCGAUGACCCAUUCACUGAAGCAAAAGCUGCAUGGAACAAUAUAUCAGUCGACGAAUGAUUUCCCAAUUCUACGACUAGAAAGGGUGUGUUUUCCAGUGUGCUGUAAUUCAUCCUCCUACUCAUGAAAUGUGGGAGAAUCAGACAAAUCUCAAGCCGAAAUCCCAUCAGCUUUAUGUAAAUUUAACAAGAAGACUUGGUUAUGAAAAAAGGAGAUUGCAUGGCUGUUGCAGAGGUUGUCCAGCUCAAAUCUUUAAUCAGAUCUAAUCCUCGAAUCAAAUGGGAAGAGGGGAAGGUUUUUUCGAGCUGGUACGGUUGAAAGCCUGCAUCCUGCUGCGGGAGCCUCUGAGAAGCGACACGUUCUGGAAAUGAGCUUUAAUUCAUGGAGGGUCAAUGAAUAGAAAUGAAGUCGCAUCCCACUGGGUGACAUAUUGAGCACUGAGACCAAUUUCAUUUGAGAGAUUAAUUUUCCUCCCAAGGUUGUCAUGAAAUACCUAAUUGUGUUAGAGUCUACUGUAAGUGCCUCUCAUUAAAUGCCACUGUUAAUGAAAAGAGUAGCACAUGCCUUUUUUGACAGACUGGGAAAAUAACUUUUGGAAACUAAAAUGAGCCAUCUGAAAUGGCUUAAUUCAGUAAUAUAAGGAUAAGAAUGGAUGUUUUGAUUUCGAGGACCAUAUUAUACCUUUAUUUAAACGCAC